AUGACCCCUGCAGUUUACACCCUCCAGGUUCACCUUCCGGACCAGCAAUUCAUUUCGUUUGACAAGAGCUCUGACUUGGUGCAAUUACUGAGUAAAAUUGACUUUUCUAAGACGAUGUUAACUCAGUUUUUCCACAUGAAUAGAACAAAUCCUACAGCACAGAAUUUGAAAUGCUUGUACAGAGAUUUUCCUGAACAUUUUGUUUGGUCUGCUAAAUAUAAAGAGUGGACUGAAAGAAAGCGUCGAAAGGUGAUUGGUCGGAUGGUGACUAUUAGUCCAAGGGAAAGAGAGAGGUAUUAUUUGAGGUUGCUUUUGACGCACAUUGCUGGGCCGACCUCUUUUGAAGACCUUUUGACUGUUAAUGACCAGAGAUUAGCUUCAUUUAGAGAAGCUGCUUUGGUCCUCGGCCUUUUGCAGUCCGAUGCGUAUAUAGACGAGACGCUACAGGAAGCAGUGGCAUUCCAGAUGCCGUGCUCAUUGAGGUUAUUGUUUGCCACUCUCCUUGUGUAUUGUUCUCCAACAGAUCCUAGAUCACUUUGGGAAAAAUUUGAACCUGAGCUUUCUGCUGACUAUCAUUACCAGCAGCCAUUCGAUGCCCUUUCUUCUCCUGAAAUUAGAAGAAAAGUUUUGCAAGAUAUUAACACUUUACUAGAACAAAUGGGCAAAAGCAUUGCUGAUUUUCACUUUGUCUCUGAUGAGCUUUCACCUGGGUACACUGAGAGGUUGACAAAAGAGAUUGAAACUGAAAGGAACUUAGUGGUGACACCCGAUGACCUGUUGUUGCCUCAGAUGUUGAAUUCUGACCAAAAACAUGCCUAUGAUCUAAUCAUAAAAGCAUGUUCUUCCUUAGAAGGCCAAGCAUUUUUCGUUGAUGGCCCCGGCGGCACAGGCAAAACUUUUUUGUAUCGGGCACUUCUCGCAACUUUGCGAUCACAAAACCAUGUUGCACUUGCAGUAGCAACGUCUGGAAUUGCAGCAUCGAUCCUUCCUGGCGGAAGGACGGCUCACUCGAGGUUCAAGAUACCACUUGAUUUCUCAAAGACUAAGAAUUGUCAGCUUAGUAAACAAAGCUCUGCUGCAAAACUCAUUUCUGAAUCUAAGCUUAUUUUGUGGGAUGAGGCUUCGAUGGCUAAGCGGGACACAAUUGAAGCAUUUGACGAGCUGCUGAAAGAUUUAAUGGACUCUGAUUUGCCAUUUGGAGGAAAGGUAAUAGUUUUUGGAGAAGAUUUUCGGCAGACUCUACCCGUCAUUGAGCAAGCAACUAAAGAAGUCCUCAUAGGGUCGACCUUUCCUGUUUCUCCUCUGUGGCCUAAACUACGUAAAGUCAUGCUCACAGAAAAUAUGCGCGCUAUGCUUGAUCCAGGAUUUGCACAGUUCCUUUUAAGAGUAGGAGAGGGAAGGGAGCCUGUUGAUGAUAAGGGUGAAAUAACUUUACCAUCAGAUAUAGUUAUUCCUUAUUACGAUAAGGAGGAAUCUUUAAACAGGUUAAUAGAAAGCAUCUUUCCAGAUUUGAACCUCUAUUCGCAGGAUCCUUAUAGCCUGAUAAAUAGGUGCAUCCUUGCUCCUAAAAAUAGCUCAGUUGAUGAGCUCAAUGAAAUAAUGAUUAGGAAGUUUCCUGGAACCCUUCAAACUUAUACUAGCUCGGACAAAACUGUUGAUCAACGGCACCAAGGCGAUUAUGAGGACUUCCUCAAUUCUCAGAAUCCUAGAGGUCUCCUCCCUCAUAAGCUGCUGUUGAAGGAAAACUGUCCGCUAAUGCUUCUAAGAAAUUUAAAUCCAGCUGAAGGUCUAUGCAAUGGCACAAGGUUAAUAUGUCGAGAACUUGGGCAGCACACAAUUUCUGCUGAGAUUGUUUUUGGCCAUCAUCGAGGCAAGAGAGUUUUUAUUCCAAGGAUAUCUCUUCAAACGCCUGACAAUGACAAAAAUGGGAUUGCAUUCAUAAGAACGCAAUUUCCUGUCCGCCUUUGCUUUGCUUUGACUAUCAAUAAAUCGCAGGGUCAAACUCUUGACUACGUCGGCAUCUAUCUACGAGAACCAGUUUUUUCUCACGGCCAGUUGUAUGUUGCUCUAUCCAGAGCUAAGACCGCUGCCAAAGUUAAAAUUCUUCUGGUUCCUGGAACAUUUGAUGACACAAAAGUUGAUUGCAAAACUCGUAAUGUUGUCUUUGACGAAAUUUUUAGAUUAGCUCAGGCCUAG